AUGUUUCCGCUCUUCCCACGACUGCCAGCCGAACUUCAACUUAAAAUCUGGGAAGCAAGCUAUCCCAAACCUGGAAUUCACAUAUUCGACAUCUGCUUUCAGUCUAGGCAGCCUUUCACGGAGGCUCAUGACGUUCUGGCCAGCGAGACGCCCUACGACGCAUACACAGACCGGGUCUUUCUUGAUAGUGUUACUGUUACACCCGGACAUUGUCUUGGAGCUUCUGGAACAACAUUUAGGACGGAUCCCUCUACGUACAGGACAGCAAGAAUCUUGUCAGUAACCAGCGUUGACUCCGCCAAGGUUACUGGAGGCGGUCUCGACAGUGGAAGCCUAGGGGGUCCCAACAUCGUGUAUCUCCCAAGAAAGGGAAAACAUGUCUCCUACGACAACAGUACAGACGUUUUGUGCUUGCGCUUUAAUUCAAGUCAUCAAACGGAACAAGGCUUAACGAACAAUGUCCUCUCUCACGCCUCUCACACCGGUACUGGAAAUAAUAUUUCAAGGAUUCUCGAGGCUGAAUGGUGUGAAGGCAUGGCGACAGCUCUAUUCAAUGCUCGACGCCUAGCCAUCGACAUGACCGAGUUGUGGUCCCCGUCUGGACUCGAUCCCAUGUCACUAGCGUACCUCAGUUGUUGCAUCCAGAACAAUCUUGAGGUACUGUACCUGGUUGACUACUGCGUUGGGCGAUGCGGGAGGUGCUGGAAAGGAAAUCUAAGGCAAAAGGAUCUGGUGACGAGGAAGUGUAGCCUCGCGAAGGAACUAGACCCGGAAGAUCGAGAGAUGGAUGUUAUUUAUGGAUCAACUAUAACAUACCGACAAAUUUCGGAUUUGGAAAAACUAGGGUGGGAUUCUGACCACUCUAUAUUCGCACUUGCGAAUAUUAUAGGUGACACGAUUCGGGAGCAGCAGGGUCCUGAAGGACUGUUUAGGUCCGUCCGGGUCUUAAUUCACAUCGAACACGAGUUUGCAUCUCACAGGUUUAGCCGUUUUAAGUAA